CAAAUAGUACUCUGAAUCACUGAAUUUUGAUUUGAUUCAAAACUGUGCGAGCUGCAAGUUUUACUUGGAAUAGAUAUUUUUAUUCAUUUCUAGUUUAAGUUACACAAAACGUAACUAUGUCUGGCUUAAUGUCAGCAAUACUUCAACCAUUAAGGUUUGUCCGACAAAGUUUACAAGUUGCAUCUAGUAUGUCGGCUAAUACUACCAGUUUAGUACAACCUGAAUGCUUUUCGCUGUCGUCAAUAAGAAACAAAGUUCGCUGUUACUUUCCUCGUCCCAACGAGGUCAGAAGAGUUCGUCGUCACGGCUGGAACGCUAGGAUGUCAACCCCAAACGGACGCAAAAUUAUUAUGAGAAGAAUACUCAAAGGCAGAUAUGUUCUCAGUCAUUAAUUACCUUGUAGAAAAGUUGCAAUCAUUAAUAUUACAAUAGAUUAUUAGAUAAAAUAAUAAAUUAUAAUUUGAAA